GUAUACAAGAGAACCCUACAUGGAUCACCCUUCCAAGAGGAGAUGUCACAAUUGGGUGGAAGAACUCCACUUUCACGUGCUCUUCAUUCAACUACUCCAUUAAAAAACUCACCUUGGACAAUAGAAUUUAUCAACAGAAUCAAAGAAAAGAGCAGAAUACGUCAAAAAGUAUUAUCAUGUGACAAGUCUGUCUCUUGUUUUGGGUACUCAGGCAGUACAUCGGAAGUUGCUACUAGAAGACACCCUCCUCCUCCUCCUCCUCCUCCUCCUCCGCCUGAGUCCUUUGCAUAUCAAGGAAGUAGAACUGAAAACGCUCCCAAACAGAAGAGACAGAAGCAAUGUGCAGAACCUUUGAAGUCAGCCAAGAAUCGGAAACAUUCUGCCUCAUUGCUUCCUACAUGGACACCUAAUGAUAAGAGAGCAACAAAGAUGCUGACUUUUGCUAUGAAUGAAAGUCAAGGACAAGCUAAGUUGGUCUGGAACGACGAAACUCAAGGUCAAGCCAAGAAGUUUCGGUAUCAGACACAAAAGUCAAUCUAGGCUUCGUGU